AUGACCUCCACCAUCGAAACCUCCGCUACACCGCAGCUCCGCGUGUCGGCCACCAAGAAUCUCCGCAGAGCUUCAGAAUCACAGAAUGAAGAGCGUUCAGUCAGGGCGCCGCCUCCAGAGUCCUCCGUAGAAGAUCAGUUCUUCUGGACAUAUACAGAGGAGCCUCACAGAUCAAGGCGGCAAGCAAUCAUCAAGGCUCACCCAGAGGUAACCAAGCUCUGCGGACCCGAGCCAUUGACGAAAUAUGUGGUUCUCGGUGUCGUCUCGCUGCAGAUAUGCUGCGCAUACCUUCUCCGCGAUACUUCCAUGUUCUCCUGGCGGUUUUUCUUGACGGCCUAUGUGAUCGGCGCAACGUCGAAUCAGAACCUCUUCCUCGCUAUCCAUGAAAUAUCUCACAACCUGGCCUUCCGGUCACCCAUGGCCAACCGGCUUUUGGCUAUCUUUGCCAAUCUCCCCAUUGGAUUGCCGUACAGCGCCGCAUUCAGGCCCUACCAUCUCACCCACCACAAGUCCCUCGGCGUCGCAGGCCUUGAUACAGACCUCCCCACGGCCUUCGAAGCUUUCAUUCUAGACUCUCUUCUUGGCAAAGCCUUCUUCUGCACUUUCCAGAUCUUCUUCUACGCCGUCCGCCCCAUGUUCAUCUACAGUCCACCAUUCACCAUAAUCCACGUCCUAAACCUAAUCAUUCAACUUUCCUUCGACUACGCUUUAACCCGCCUCUGCAACGGCUCCCUCCAGCCAGUCCUCUACCUCCUCUUCAGCUCCUUCCUCGCCGGCUCUCUCCACCCCUGCGCCGGCCACUUCAUCGCAGAGCACUACUUUUUCUCGCAGGUCAACCACGGAACAGAAUCCAUUCAGGAACAAAAGUCCGGCGCGGACGGAACGGUCAAGAAACCACACCCGCUUGACUCUCUUCCCCCGCCAGAAACAUACUCCUACUACGGGCCCCUCAACAUCUUCACCUACAACGUCGGCCUGCACAACGAACAUCACGACUUCCCUGCUAUUCCAUGGACAAGACUGCAUGCUCUCCACCGGAUCGCUAGUGAGUUCUACGAGCCAUUGCCCUGCCACCGGAGCUGGGUCUGGGUUAUCUGGACUUUCAUUCUAGAUAAGAAUGUCGGCAUGUGGUGCCGUGUGAAGCGGGAGCAGGGCGGUCGUCUUGUCGGCGGAGGCGGUGGUGGCAAUAACAACGGCCGUGCAGGUGAAAGUAUCUCCGCUGGGCCCGACGAGUCCGGUGACGGGUGGAAAGAGAGCGAGAUUCAGAACUGA